UGGGGCAGGGGCACCCCGUGGGGCAGGGGCACCCCGUGGGGCAGGGACACCCCGUGGGGCAAGGACACCCCGUGGGGCAGGGACACCCGCGCUCCCGCUGGGUCCCCAUUGCGGGGCCGGGCGUUGCUGAUGUGCCCUCCCCAAGUGUAGCGAUGCAAGCCCCGGUCGCAGCUUUCUGCCAUUAGAGACGAGCGUGCUGGGAGCGCGCAGCCUUCAGUGGGAAAUGUUGCUUUUUGCUGUGAUCGUAGCUCCGAGUAACAGGUAUUUUUUACUUUGAGAGGCACCAGCCGUGUGUCCCCUCGCUGUGAGCGCUCCUGGCACAGGCGGCUCAGCCAUCCCCGCUCCUCGCCCCGGCAGGUCCCUGAGUGUUGGUGACGGCAGCACCAACACAAGCAAAGAAAUAAACAGCGUCUUGCUCUCCUUGAACAGAUAAACAGUUACAAAGCUGUUGAUAACCUGAGUUAACCGCGUCAGGCGCUACUCGGCGUGUCCGUGUGCUCCAUCGCAAUGCAGAGCACGAAGAGGAAAAAUCCACCCUGUUACUGGAUAACGAAAGUUUUGGCUCCGUUGGGCCAAACUUUCACAAGAAUGGCAUUUGUUACAGUUAUUUUUACUGGGUUUUUUUUUAGCCAAUUCUCUUUUCUACUGGCAGGAGUUAGUUCUGAGUCUCGCUGGUCAUUGCGACCUUGCGUCCCACGGAAGUGCUGGUUUUGUUCCACCGUCAGCUUGUUUGCAAAUAGGAGAUGGCGCACAGAGAUUUAAUUAGGGCAUGGAUGUACCCUAUGGAUUCUUGAGCAACAGUUGGUAACCCCGGGCUCAGCAUUUUCAGUUGGUAUUUAGAAACGAGAGGAAGAACAAAAACUUCACGUUUGACAGACAGCUCAUUAUUCUUGUUAUUAUUUCCAUGUCUUCUGCCAACUGCAAGUUGAGGAUAAUUGGUAGAAAACAAAUCUGUCCCUUUCUGUUUGAAUCUAUUUCAUGGUUGUGUUCAGCAACCCAGUCUGGUUACCAAACCCCACCUCUCUUCAGGCCAUUUGGGAGGGGAAAGCUGCUGUUUUCUGUCAGGACUUGUGAUUAGGAAAAUGAACAGUGCCCUUUUCUCUUGUUUUCUAUUCUUUCCAAGUAUAUUCUAAAGUUACGCUUGUGCUUUCUUGGGGGAACAAGUCAAGUCCAAUCUACAAAGUGGGAUAUGUAAGAAAACGAAUGUCCAAUCACACAGGCAUCUUCCCCGUUCUUCGGCUGGUUUCGAGACAAAUAGAUUCCCCGUCGGAUGUUUAAGCAAGUUGUGAAGGAUGCGGGCGCCGAGUGCUGUGUUGCUAACGAGGAGGUGGGCCCGUAGCAUCGCUCGCUUCCCUUCACUCCAACACCUCAUAGCCUUGCCAGCCCUGGGAUGGGUUUUUCACUCUUACGAUUGCAAAUGUAUAUUGAUUUCCAUCUAAUCUCUCCUCUCAGAUGUUUGACAGCAGACUUCUCCAAAGCCUGCGGAAGAGACGUCGCAUCUUCAAGCAAAUUCUGGCUGCUGGAGUUUCCCGAUAACAGCUAGAAUUAUUUGACCACCAUGAGUUGGAGUUUUCUGACCCGUCUGUUAGAGGAGAUCCACAAUCACUCAACCUUUGUUGGCAAAAUCUGGCUGACGGUGUUGAUUGUGUUUCGCAUCGUCCUGACCGCCGUGGGAGGAGAAUCCAUUUAUUACGACGAACAAAGCAAGUUUGUGUGCAACACGGAGCAGCCCGGCUGUGAGAACGUCUGUUACGAUGCUUUCGCUCCCCUUUCGCACGUCAGGUUUUGGGUGUUCCAGAUCAUCCUGGUUGCCACUCCGUCCGUCAUGUAUUUAGGCUACGCCAUUCAUAAAAUCGCCCGGAUGGUGGAACACAGUGAGGCCGAUAGAAGAAUCCGAAGCAAGAGCUUUUCCAUGCGCUGGAAACAACACCGCGGCUUGGAGGAGACCGAGGAGGACCACGAGGAGGACCCCAUGAUGUACCCCGAAAUAGAGCUGGAGAGCGAGCGGGAGAACAAAGAGCAGCAGCCCGCGGCCAAGGCCAAGCACGACGGCAGGCGGCGGAUCCGCGAGGACGGGCUCAUGAAGAUUUACGUCCUGCAGCUCCUGGCGAGGACCACGUUUGAAAUCGGCUUUCUGGUGGGUCAGUAUCUGUUGUACGGCUUUGAGGUCAGCCCCGUGUUCGUGUGCAGCAGGAGGCCGUGCCCGCACAAAAUCGAUUGUUUCAUUUCCAGGCCGACCGAAAAGACCAUUUUCCUGCUGAUCAUGUACGGGGUGAGCUGCAUGUGUUUACUUUUGAAUGUCUGGGAGAUGCUCCAUUUGGGCUUCGGCACAAUCCGGGACACGUUGAACAACAAGAGGAAAGAGCUGGAAGACUCGGGUACCUACAACUACCCUUUCACUUGGAACACACCGUCCGCUCCUCCCGGCUACAACAUCGCGGUGAAGCCGGAGCAAAUGCAAUACACUGAAUUAUCCAACGCCAAAAUGGCCUACAAGCAGAACAAAGCCAACAUCGCUCAGGAACAGCAGUACGGCAGCAACGAAGAAAACAUCCCCGCCGACCUGGAAAACCUGCAGAGGGAAAUCAAAGUGGCUCAGGAGCGCCUGGACAUGGCGAUCCAGGCGUACAACAACCAAAACAACCCCGGCGCUGCCAGAGAGAAGAAAUCCAAAGCAGGUUCCAACAAAAGCAGCGCCAGCAGCAAGUCCGGGGACGGCAAGAACUCUGUCUGGAUUUAACGUUGGCUCAGUUGAGAUGUUGUGGGGUUUUUUUGCUCCUAGUUUAUCGUAACCAGCAACCCCUUGAAUAAUGGCUUCCAUUCAGUAAAUAUUUGACUCUGCUUAUUUUCAGGGAUACCGUUGGCUAGUGAUUCGACCUCUCAGAAGAGGGUUUAUACGUGUAUUCUGGGAUUAGAGAACUUGAUUCUUCUGCCUUCCAAGUCAGGAGACAAAUAGGUAUAUUUAAAUCAUUCUCAUUGAACGGUUUAUGCUGUAUGUACAGUAUUAUAGUACAUUUAUUAUGCACAAUUCUUUUGUAUUUGUACACUGGAUCUCUGACGUUCCGCUUUUUUAUAUUCAGGAGGAGAAAGCAAUGGGUAGCUGGUAGCGUUUUGCUAGUUUUAUUACCGUGCUCCGCAGUUCCGUCCUUGUUCCCCCUCGUUUUCGAUGCUGCGUUUCCAAAGUGCCUUGAACACACAGCACAGAGGAGCCUCCGGUCGCUGAGGAGCGUUGGAAACCAUCUGUGAGCGGUGCUCUCGACUCUGUCUUUUACAAAAAUGACGUGCUCCUUAUCAAAUGCAAGUGUCGUACUAUAGUUAAUAUGCAUUACAGGGUUAUUUUCCCCCGUAUGGAAAAUUAUUUCCAGGAAAAACAUACGUUUGUGAGAUGAUUUGUGUUCAGAGAACCAGCGUAACGCGGGGAGGGCUCGGACCUCCCUGCAAGCUUUAUGCAACAGGAGGGAAAAGAGACUUCAAACUCUUGUAAAACACCCAGAAACAAACGGUAAAUAGAAACUACUGGCUUCGGUAAUUCCGCAGAUGUAUGCGGUGUCUGUUUUUUGAGGCCUGUCGUUACAUGACGCUCCCCGAGGGCACGGCGGCGUUCCCGUACCUUUUGGAGAAGAUUGCUGUCUUCUCCUAAAUAAUCCGCUGCGAUGGAGUCACGGUGAGUUUGUUCCACUGGAGGAAGAACCUUCCUCCCCCCAGCCAGGACACACGAGCUGUCUGGAAGAGUUUUCGCCAAGCCCUCGCCGAAUAUCACUGAAAUCGCCUUAUUCCAGACCCCUCUCCCUUCCAUUAUGUCCGAGGAAUUUCCUUCAGACAGAGCAAUAUGUAUAAUUUAGAUUUCUGCUUGAGAGCCCGCUCCGAUUUGGCAUUCUGUGGUUUUGGCAUUAAACUUGAAUUUAUAAUUAGAACAGGAGAACGCGGUAUUUACUGCCUUUGGCGGCGUCUUCUUGGCAGGGACGCGCAUUAAUGUUCGAGAGAUGCUGAGAACUGGCUAUGCUUUGCUACUAUUUAUAAUCUAUUCAGGACCUUGCUCCGCUCUCUUUAUUUUUUUAGGCUUUCAUGCAUUUUAAUCUCUUUCGGAGGGCCUGUUGGAAGCGGGACUGUUCAUUUCCGAGGCUACCUCAGUCCUUGGUGCCCUCGCCGGCUCGGGAGCGGGAUUGAGGAGCACACAGGUGAACCCUACUCGUUCCUAAGCCCAGGCUUGACCUUAAAUUUAAACCAAGAGCGAGUGCGCUCUUGCCGUUGCAAGCAAGGGGUUCUGUUGCAUUGUGUGGUUUUGCUCUGGGACCCCAGGUGUGAUCCCAGCUCUGCUUUAGAGACCCAAACCUGCCCUUUUGAGCCCCAGCUUCUCCGUAUCGUCUCCAGCUUGCAAACCAAGUUUGUGGUUUUUGUUCAGCAGGAACUCGGGAGGGGAGCGACCUCUUUGUUUUACGCAGAAAAGUUUGAGGGCGCCGUCCGUGGGGUCAGUUUAAGUAGCGCAGUGUGUAAAUAGUGAUUUUUUAAAAGCUGGAGGGCAGGGACAGGUCACUAGUGAGAUGGGGUGAGAGGGAGUUGAUUAACAGCGCUGCUCUAAUUAAACAGCAGUCGGGAGAGAAAAGCGAGUGGGCUUUGCUGGCAGAAAGCUGGGGGUGCGAUGGAGAAAUGGCUGGAGAAGGUGUCUGAGAGCGCCAGGGCGCGGGGGGUUGGGAGCCGCAGGAUCUGGUCGCGGUGCUGGGACAACCGGGGUACAGCGGGGCUGGGGCACCGGCUGUCCCCUCCACCCCUGACUGUCUCCUCUGCUCUCCUGUCCCCUCUAUUCCCCUGUCCCCUCUGCUCCCCUGUCCCCUCCACCUCUGCUGCCCCCUGUGCUCCCGCUGUCCCCUCUGCUCCCCUGUCCCCUCUAUUCCCCGUCCCCUCUGCUCCCCUGUCCCCUCUGCUCCUGCUGUCCCCUCUGCUCCUGCUGUCCCCUCUGCUCCCCUGUCCCCUCUAUUCCCCGUCCCCUCUGCUCCCCUGUCCCACUGCUCCCCUGUCCCCUCCACCUCUGCUGUCCCCUCUGCUCCCGCUGUCCCCUCUGCUCCCCUGUCUCCUCUGCUCCCCUGUCCCCUCUAUUCUCCGUCCCCUCUGCUCCCCUGUCCCACUGCUCCCCUGUCCCCUCCACCUCUGCUGUCCCCUCUGCUCCCGCUGUCCCCUCUGCUCCUGCUGUCCCCUCCACCCCUGCUGUCCCCUCUGUUCCCCUGUCCCCUCUGCUCCUGCUGUCCCCUCUAUUCUCCGUCCCCUCCGCUCCCACUGUCCCCCCUGCUCCCCUGUCCCCUCCACCCCUGCUGUCUCCUCUGUUCCCCUGUCCCCUCUGUUCCCCUGUCCCCUCUGCUCCUGUUGUCCCCUCUCCUCCCACUCUCCCCACUCUUCCCACUGUCCCCUCUACUCCCUUGUCCCCUCUGCUCCUGUUGUCCCCUCCUCUCCCACUGUCCCCAUCGGUCACAGUUUCCCCGGGGUCACGUUGCUCUGGACCCUUCACGGUGCUUUGGGACAGCAAGAGGUGAAAAUCCCGUCCCCUCUCUGCUCCCCGGGCAAACCGCAGCAAUUUCCUACCAGUGGCUUCAAAGAAACCCAGUUCAUUCGCAUCAGCCCUUUCCCAAUUAACAACCUAACCCAUCACCCGCUUAAAUUACCAUCUCAGGUCAGUCCUGCCAGCUUUUGUCCACAUAAAAAUAAGAAUCCUCUCAUUAGUGAGCAGAGUGUGUAGAAUAUCCCCAUCCCAGCGCUGAAAUCAUUCCGAAAAUACAAAGUAAUGGAGCUGUUUCUAUUACUACUUGUUGCUUUUCAUUUUAAUUGUGUAUCAAGUGCACAUUUUCUGAGUGUUUGUUGUUGGUAGACAAUGUCUGUUCAAGCUCUACAUGUUCCUGGCUGUGUUUUCAGUUCCAAAGCAUCAGGCUUGAUUUUUCCUAUCAAAUGAUCCGUGCAUUACCUUAAAAUGCUCUCUCGCUUUGGUUUAAUGUCCGAAAUAAACCUUCAGAAGGGACUUUUGGGCAAAAAAUACUGACCGGAACUCGGGUUUGUGUUGUCAUUCUCUGUUUUUGGAAGAAAAAACCCUAUUAAAUCCAGUGGAUUACUCCA